AACCUCGCCGCAGCCAAACAAUCGGGUCUGCCCUACGUUGUAGCACCAGUCUAUGGGUUCAAUCGUUUCUGGCUCGUAACACACAGGCUUUGGAUUCCGCUGUUGGAGAAAUUCCCCAAAUCUUGGACAGAUCCGUGGUUACAGUUCCUGGAUCCUGAAUGGACUUGGCUAUUGAGACGUGAGCCAUUCAAGGCUAUCGGUAGUGACAUCUUCAUUGUGUGCUCUCCAGGAAAGAACGCAUUGUUCGUAGCCGAUCCCGAGGCAACAACACAGAUCGUUACCCGACGCAAUGACUUCCCCAAGCCAAUUGAAAUCUACGGCUCUGUGGAUCUCUUUGGCAAGAACGUGGUGAGUACAGAAGGCUCGAUCUGGCGCCACCAUCGCAAGAUCACUUCUCCACCAUUUACCGAGAAGAACAAUCAUCUUGUGUGGCAGGAGAGUCUGCAUCAGGCACAGAGCAUGAUGGCUUCUCUGGUUGGUAAGAACUCCGAGGGUAAGGGCACUGUGACAGACAUCGCUGCCGCCACUAUGCGGUUGAGUUUGCAUAUCAUCAGUCGUGCUGGCUUUGGCAGACGUCUGCUGUGGCCGCAUGAAGAACUCGAGGAGAAUGGCCAAGCUGGUGUGGUACCGCAAGGUCACACAAUGACCUACAAGGAUGCAUUGAGCACGCUAUUGGAGAACAUCAUCGCUGUGAUGCUGCUCCCCAAGUGGUUUCUUGUAAACUCACCCAUCAAGCAAAAUAAGGUCGCCUACGAAUCUUUCACCGAGUGGGGCAAGUAUAUGCGUGAAAUGUACCUUGAGAAGAGGGCGGAGGUUCAAGCAGGCGAGAAGCGUGAGGGUAUGGACCUUAUGGGAGCGCUCGUGAGUGGCGCUGGUAUCAAACCGGAUCAAGACCCAGAGAAGGCCGACAAACAACUCCUCACUGACGACGAGAUUUUGGGAAAUGCUUUCGUCUUCAUCCUGGCAGGUCAUGAGACCACAGCAAACACGUUGCACUUCGCCAUGCUAUACCUGGCCAUGAAUUGGUCUACGCAAAAACUUCUUCAAGACGAUUUGGACGAAAUCUUUGGUGACCGACCGAUUGACCAAUGGGACUACGAGCAGGACGUUCCCAAGUUAUUUGGCGGCAUGUGUGGUGCAGUCAUGAACGAGGAGCUUCGUCUGAUCCCCCCUGUCGUCGGCAUUCCCAAAUGCACACUCAAGGACUCACCUCAACCACUGACACUUUCUGGCCGUCGUGUUAUCGUACCAGAAGGUACUGCAGUAACUCUGAUCACGGUCGCCUCUCACCGCAACCCGAAACACUGGCCUACCCUUUGCGGUCCAAAUGCCUCAGAGGCCGAAAUCGAAAAAGACCUGGCAUCAUGGAAACCGCAGCGAUGGAUUUUGGACCCCUCAAAGUCGAACUCGACAGCAGCACAAAAACACGCACAGCAAAAUGCACACUCCGAUUCGGAAGAGGAUAUCGGCGGUCCUCAAUCCUCGGAUACUUCAUCUCAUCUCUUCAGCCCUGAACGUGGAGCCUUCAUCCCCUUUUCAGAAGGCUACCGCGCAUGUCUAGGUCGUCGUUUCGCUCAAGUCGAGGUUCUCGCUGUACUCGCAGCUAUUUUCCGCGAAUACAGUGUUGAGCUGGACUUGGACAAGUACGCCAGCGAUGAAGAGCUUGCAGCCACGGACGAAGCAUUGAGGAGGUCAACUUGGGACAAGGCCAAGUCUACAGCGGAGAAUCUGCUCCAGCAUGGCAUGGGAACUAUCAUCACAAUUCAGAUGCGCACGGGCAAGGUGCCUGUCAAGUUCGUCAAGAGGGGAAGUGAGAAGUACAAGUAC